AUGCUACCCAUAAGCCCUGAUGGCGACUGCGAUGAGUGCACCCCGGACUAUGUGCGCUCCCCUCGUCUCACCACCAAGGCGGCAUUCUCAACGAUUCCCUUCAUCGCCACGUUUGCAGUCCUGACCUUUGUCGCCUACCGCAAGGUCUACCCUCUAUUGUCGCAAUCCCCCUCCAAAAUAUCCGAAAGCGCUGCGAAAGGUCUUCCUCGACCUGCCACGGCCGCAACGCCUGAGCCCGCCGCUCAACAGCUCGCCCGCCGCGUGGCAGCAAUCACCUUCGCUUCCACAAUAGCCCUAUCUGCCGUCUUGACCGAGUUACUUCUUUGCGAAAUAUCCAACUCAUUCAACCCUACGGCUCGAAGUGUCGCCCUGCAGAUCACGGUUGUGAGCUUGCUGGGUCUUCUGGUAGUCGCCAUUCCGCUGCUGGGAAUAUCCUCGGUGGUAGCAAGGUCCGGGUACAAGUUUCGCGGCGAGAAAAAGAGUCGGGCUCAUCUGGCAUGGGUGCUGGAAUUCACCGGGUAUGGCGCUUUUCUGUUCGGAUUCUGGGCGAUUGGAGCGCUUCUGCCCGAAACACCUAGCUUUACCGACAGCGUGACAAAGCCGGACGGUCUCUUUCAAGCGUGCUUGGACAGACUGGGUAUUACUGGUGUGUCCUUGAUGGCUCUUCUGUCGGGGUUUGCCUCGGUGAGCGCCAUUUGGCAGAGCUUUGGACCCAAGGUUAGAGUCGUCGCCGACACGGACAUCACCCGCAAACAGGCUGGAUUAGACGCCACCAUGGAUAUGAUUGCGGAGAAGAAAGAGAGGCUGAGGUUGAUGGAGAGCAUGGCCCCUGAAAGCCCGAUCCAGAGCUUCUGGAGCCGUACAGUGGGCGCCGUGCGGAAGAACACUUACGAUCAACAAAAGGAUCUGCUCGAGAUGGAGGCCUCGGGGCUCGAGACCAUGGCCUCUUCGUUGGAGACAUCGCUCUCGAUUCUCAGGCAACGGCGGGCAAAUCAACUCCAGGCAACAACCGCCGCGGGGCGACUUUCAUUGGCGUUCUCCUACAUAUUUGCUUGUUAUUGCGUGUACCGAAUAUGUACCACCACUGUCAACAUCGGUCGGCGCAUCCUCUCAUCCGGGCCUGCCAAUCCUUCAGACACUGACCCCGUCACCUAUACGAUUGCUCUAUUUGCUCGACACGUCUAUCCCUCCCUGGACCAGGCCUCAUGGGCUCAACAGAUCUCGUUCCUCCUUUCGGGGGCAAUGUUGCUUGCUUCAUUCACAGCGGUCACACAAACCUUCCACCUUUUUGCUCGAUUCAUGCCGACGGUCCUACAUGCGACCAAGACCAAUUUCGCACUCCUGAUCAGCCAGAUCAGCGGAAUGUAUGUCAUCAGCUCUGCGUUGAUGCUGAGGGGUAUGAUGCCGAAAGAAGUCGGUAGCGUCAUCAACACCGCAUUGGGGGCGGGGCUGCUGGAGCCGGCCUGGGUGCAGCGAUGGUUCGAUGGCUUUUUCAUGCUGGCCGUGGUCGCAACUGGGGUCGGAAUAUUCUUGGGUAGGCAAAUAUCGGGAGCAUCGACGUGGGAAGAUGACACCGGAUGGGACCUGGCAAUGGAGCUGGGCAAAGAGUCGUGA